AUGCCGGCCACAACCCAGGAGACGAUCAACCUCUCCUCGACCAAUGUCAUCGUCCACCCGCUAGUCCUUCUUUCGGUCACAGAUCACGCCUCGCGGUCGGCAUCGGGCUCCCGCAAGCGCGUCGUCGGAGUGCUGCUGGGCCAGGAGCUCAAUGGCGGCAAGACGAUCAAUGUCGCCAACAGCUUCGCCGUGCCCUUUGAGGAAGACGAGCGCGACCCAAAGACGUGGUUCCUGGACCACGACUACAUCACGGGCAUGAUGGAGAUGUUCAAGAAGGUCAACGCGCGGGAGAAGAUGGUCGGAUGGUAUCACACGGGCCCAAGGCUGCGCGCUUCGGACCUCGAGAUCAACGAGCUGAUGAAGCGCUUCAUCCCGAGACCGGUCAUGGUCAUCGUCGACCCGAGGCAGCGGGACGUUGGCAUCCCCACGGACGCAUAUCUCGCCGUCGAGGAGAUCAAGGACGACGGCACGGCGACGCAGAAGACGUUUAUGCACGUACCAUCAACCAUCGAGGCUGAAGAGGCCGAGGAGAUUGGCGUCGAGCACCUCUUGCGCGACAUCCGCGACACGACGGCGGUGGGGACGCUCUCCACGCGGGUUUCAUCGCAGCUCUCGUCGCUGAGGGGUCUCCAGUCGCGACUGCUCGAGAUCCGUGAUUACCUCUCUGCCGUUGUCCAGGGGCAGCUUCCCGUCAACCACCAGAUCAUCUACAACCUGCAGGACAUCUUCAACCUGCUUCCUGACCUGGACAAGAACAGCGAGGCGGCCAAGAGCUUCGCCGUGGACAACAACGACCGGCUACUGGUCGUCUACCUGAGCAGCCUUAUCCGCGCCGUCAUCGCGCUGCACGGCCUGGUGGACAACCGGAGGGAAAACGAAAAGGGAGAAGAGGAGAGCUCCAACGCGGCUGUAGGCCUUGCAAACGGCGACAAGGACGCCAAGGAAGGCGGCGAGGACAAGGACAAGGAGGCGUCGGCGGCCAAGGACGACGCCAAGAAGUCGACAAAGUAG